ACUCACGCAGUUUCCUUUUCUGUCUUGAAUCCGUUCUUACAUUUUCUCUCUUUCACUGUUCCUCACUUUAAAUAUCUUCUGAAAAUCACACACUCCUUUGAAACACACUCCCCAUUUCACAUAAAAAGUCUGCAAAAGUUAGGUUGAGUGCGCGGUUAUGACUUUCUCCUCUGUUUCUGCUCGUUUUGAAACUUUUCUGCCUUCUGAAACCACCCAAGAUUUCAUUUUUAUGAGAGGACUUUCAUGGGUGGUGAUGGUAUUGUGAUGUUUCAUUUGAAUGGUCACUGUUGAGUGUUAGAGUUGUGCUUCCUGCAAUUUGAAGUGUAAUGAGUUUUGUUUUGUUUUGUCAAGCUGCAAGUUGUAUAUGGAGCUUGGGUUCUUGAGAGUUGUGAAAGCACUGAACUUUAAGUGAUGGUAGCUUCUGAUGUUUCGAACGGGAGCUUAGUAUUGAUUUGAGGCUGAACAAAGAUAUAAAUAUCUCUUUUGAUUUCUGAAAUGGUGCCGCAAAGAUGUUACCUUAUGAUUUUUAUGCAAUGGGGUUUGUUGGCUUGUUUUCCUUGUUUUUCUAUGGGACUUGAAACCCCAGCCUCGUCAUGCGACAAAAAUGAUUUAUUGGCCCUGAAGGAAUUUGCGAGCAACCUGACAAAAGGGUCCAUUAUUACAGCAUGGUCAGAUGAUGUUUUCUGCUGCAAAUGGGUUGGAGUUGAAUGUGAUAAUGUGGAUGAUGGAGCAGCUGCUAGGAGAGUGUCCAGGUUGGUUCUCCAAGGAAUGGAUCUCAAUGGCACAAUUUCCAGCUCUUUAGGUCUUCUAGAUAAGCUAAAAGUGCUGGAUCUUUCAUUCAAUCAUCUCCAAGGUGAAUUGCCUUCUGAAUUAUCUAGAUUGAAGCAGUUAAAGGUUCUUGACUUCAGCCAUAAUAUGCUGUCUGGACCAGUUGUUGGGGCACUUUCUGGUUUGCAAUCCAUUCAGAUACUGAAUAUUUCUAGCAAUUUUUUUGUUGGAGAACUAUUCCAUUUUGGGGGAUUUCAAGAUCUCCUUGCUCUCAACAUAAGCAACAAUUCAUUCACUGGUCAGUUCAGUUCUCAAUUUUGCAGCUUUUCCAAGGUUCUUCUUAUUCUUGAUAUAUCCAAAAAUCAUUUUGCUGGUGGUCUUGAAUGGUUGGACAAUUGUAGCACAUCUAUCCAAGAAUUUCAUUUGGAUUCCAAUUUGUUUUCUGGCCCUCUUCCUGAUUCCUUGUAUUCAAUGUCAGCCUUGGAGCAGCUCUCAGUCUCUGUGAAUAACUUCUCUGGUCAGUUAAGCAAGGAUUUGAGAAAUCUAUCAGGCCUAAAAUCUCUGAUGCUUUCUGGAAAUCAGUUUUCAGGGGAAAUCCCAAAUGUAUUUGGUAAUCUUUUGCAUCUGGAACAAUUAGAAGGACACUCCAAUUCAUUUUCUGGACCAUUGCCGUCAACCUUGGCCUUAUGCUCAAAACUUCGUGUGCUUGAUCUUCGAAAUAAUUCUUUGACAGGUUCUGUUGGCCUUAAUUUCAUUGGGUUGCCUAAUCUUGUCACAUUGGACCUUGGUAGCAAUCAUUUUAAUGGAUCCCUUCCAAAUUCUUUGUCCCAUUGCCAUGAAUUGACACUGUUAAGCCUUGCUAAGAAUGAAUUAACUGGUCAAAUCCCUGAGAGUUACAUAAAUCUCACUUCACUUUUAAUUCUGUCUUUGUCAAACAACAGCUUUGAGAACUUAUCUGGGGCUCUGUAUGUACUGCAGCAAUGUAAAAAUCUAACCACUGUUAUCCUUGCAAAGAAUUUCCAUGGUGAGGAAUUUCCACAAAGUUUAACCACAGGCUUCAAGAGCCUUACGGUUUUAGCACUUGGAAAUUGUGGUCUCAAAGGCCGUAUUCCUGAUUGGCUAUUAAAUUGUGCAAAAUUGCAAGUUCUUGAUUUGUCAUGGAACCAUUUUGAAGGUAGCAUUCCUUCUUGGAUUGGUCAAAUGGACAAUUUGUUUUACUUGGAUUUGUCAAAUAAUUCUCUUACAGGAGAGAUACCAAAAGGUUUGACAGAGUUGAGGGGCCUCAUGUCCCCUAAUUACCUCACAUCAAGUUUCUUUGCAUCUACUACUAUUCCUCUCUAUGUUAAGAGAAACAAGAGUGCCAAUGGGCUGCAGUAUAACCAUGCCUCAAGUUUCCCUCCUUCAAUAUACUUGAGCAAUAACAGAUUAAGAGGAAAAAUAUGGCCUGAAAUUGGUCAUCUAAAAGCACUUCAUAUCUUGGAUUUAAGCAGGAACAACAUCACUGGCACCAUUCCUAGCUCUAUUUCAGAGAUGAAGAAUUUGGAGACACUAGAUUUAUCUAAUAAUGAUCUCUUUGGAACUAUCCCUCCAUCAUUUAAUAGUCUCACAUUCUUAUCAAAGUUUAGUGUGGCAUAUAACCACUUGCAGGGACCUAUUCCAACUGGGGGACAAUUUUCAAGUUUCCCUAAUUCGAGUUUCGAGGGCAACCUGGGGCUUUGUGGGGAAAUAGAUCAUCCUUGUAGCAGUGAAGAAAAUGUGGGCUUGGUGCCCAACAUUGCUACUACUGAUUCUGUGGGAAAAUUUGGUAAAAGCACUGUUCUUGGCAUAACACUUGGUUUAGGUGUAGGCCUUGCACUGCUUCUUGCUAUUGUUCUGCUGAGAAUGUCAAAGAGGGAUGAUGAUAUGCCAAUUGAUAACUUUGAUAUGGAGCUUAGCAGGCCAAACAGGAUACCUGAAGCGCUUGUUUCUUCAAAAUUGGUGCUGUUUCAGAAUUCAGAUUGUGAGGAUCUCACAGUUGCAGAUUUGUUAAAAUCCACAAACAAUUUUAACCAAGCAAAUAUAAUUGGUUGUGGCGGGUUUGGUCUUGUCUACAAGGCAAAUCUUGCAAAUGGCACAAGGGUAGCUAUCAAGAAACUUUCAGGGUACUGUGGUCAAGUGGAACGUGAAUUCCAAGCUGAAGUAGAAGCCCUCUCAAAAGCUCAGCACAGAAACCUUGUUUCUCUUAAAGGUUAUUGUCAGCAUGUCCAUGACAGAUUGUUAAUUUACUCCUACUUGGAGAAUGGGAGCCUCGAUAAUUGGCUGCAUGAGAGUGAGGAUGGAAAAUCAGCUCUAAAAUGGGAUGUAAGACUCAAGAUUGCCCAAGGUGCAGCUCAUGGAUUAGCUUACUUGCACAAGGAGUGUGAACCGCAUAUUGUGCAUCGAGAUAUUAAAUCUAGCAACAUACUUUUAGAUGAUAAAUUUGAAGCUUAUUUGGCUGACUUUGGUCUCUCGAGGCUACUUCAACCAUAUGAUACUCAUGUUACUACUGAUUUAGUAGGAACUUUAGGAUACAUUCCUCCAGAGUAUAGCCAGGCACUGAAAGCAACUUUCAAGGGUGAUAUUUAUAGUUUUGGUGUUGUUCUUAUUGAGCUUCUUACUGGUAGAAGGCCUGUAGAAGUCAUCAUUGGGCAAUGUUGCAGGAAUCUCGUGUCUUGGGUGUUUCAGAUGAAAUCUGAGAAUAGGGAGCAGGAAAUUUUUGAUUCAGCCAUUUGGCACAAAGAUAAUGAGAAACAGCUCUUAGAGGUAUUAGCUAUUGCUUGUAAAUGUGUUGAUGAAGAUCCAAGGCAGAGACCCCAUAUUGAGUUAGUUGUUUCAUGGCUUGAUAGUGUAGGAUUUGAUGGCUCUCAACAUUCAUUUUAAUUGCUCCAUUUAUGCCAUUAAUCUGGGUUUUUAUUGGUGUAUCAUUGACCAAGUAUACUUGUAAAGGAUGCUUAUAAUAUGGAGGUGAUGGGGUAUUCUUGAUAAGGCAAUACUUUGGUUUAUAGUUUUAAUCUUUACAAGAGGUUACUUUUG